UCCCAAAUCCCUCUCCCACAUUUUUAAUGAUUGUCGUCUUGUCACUGUGACUUCACAUCUCUGGGUUGUGAAGCAGCACAAUUGAGAUGUCAAGUUCCAUUUGCCAAAUCCCCAGCAGCUCAGCUCAGUUUGGGGGGACCAGAUGGCUCUGCCAAACACCUGGAGGGGAAAUUGCCAAAUUUGGCACGUGGCACAGACCCUCCUGCCUGGCAUGGACAGUCACUUCUCCCAUUGGCAUGGCUGGCAUCAAACUCACUGGAUUCACAAGUGAUGGCUGCAUGCAGCUUGUAUUUCUUCAGCUGGGUUGGCAUUAGAGGGAGGUGCAGUUUUGUUGGAUCACCUGGUUGACAGAACUUGUCAUCUAUCCUGGUGUUGCCAGGAGAGCCACUACAGAGAACCCUGCUCAUCCCCCUGACACGGCAGCAACUGAUUCUUCAAUCAGAGGAGAAGAGACAUAGGAAAAGGACAGGAGAAGAGGGAAUGGUUUCAAAGAGACAGGGGGUGGGGUGAGAUGGGAUAUUGGGAAGAAAUUUUUCCCUGUGAGAAUAGAGAGACCCUGGCAGAGGCUGCCCAGAGAGGUUGUGGCUGCCCCAUCCCUGGUAGUGUCCAAGGCCAGGUUGGACAGGGCUUGGAGCAACCUGGUAUAGUGGAAGGUGUCCCUGUCCAUGGCAGGGGUGGAAAGAGAUUAUUUUUCAGGUCCUUUCCAAUCCAAAACAUUGCAGAGGUGAUUCUGUGAAAGAAGGAUUCUGCUCCCCCAGAACCUCACUGGUGCCUGUGCCUGCACCCUACAGUUCCUGCGCCCAUCCCAAAGAUUUCCCUGCUGGCCCCACAGCCCAUUGCCGCUGUGCCACGGGUGUCACAAGAGGUGUUGCGUGGGGACAACGGUGACAUUGAUUGCAACAGCCCCAGGAGGCACCUCAGCCUCUGCCCCUGCAGCAGGGAGGGACCAGGGCCAGCCCCAGCACCCCCAGAGCCAUGGGGCACUCCCGGGUUGGCCCAGGGCACUUGUGCCAGCAGCAAUUGAGACCAUUUCUGCCUUGGUGUGCUCUGAACCUACACCUUUCUCAGCCCCGAGAAGAGCCAGGACAGGCAUCAGCCAUGAGGAUCCUCUACCUGCUCUUCCCCUUCUUCCUCCUGCUGGUUCACAGUGCUGCAGGAUCCUCCUUGGAGCCAACAAACAGGGAAGAAUGUCAGCGAGAAAAUGGAUACUGUGGAUUUUUGAAGUGCAAGUUCCCCUUUGUCAUCAAAGGAAGAUGUUCCACGUUCUUCUUUUGCUGCAAAAAUUCCUGGGGUUGAAACCCUGAAAUUCCCAAAUAGGACAUCCCCUCGCUUCUGGCUCCUGGACCCAUCUGCUGAUGUCCCCAAUUGCUGAUGUCCCCUCCCGUCCCUGCCUGUGCCCUGCCCAGCUGGGCUGACAGCAGCAGUGGCAGCUGCUCCUGCUGGCUGCUGCUGGGCUGGAGCCCUGUGGUGCCAGCCCCGGUGUCUUUGGGGCAGGGGCUGCUUUUCCCGACUUGAAUAAAGACGAGC